AUCUACGAUGUUUCGCUGUCCUGUAAUAUCUGCUUACUACCAGUCCUAGCUAGUUAACUAGCUGUUAAGACGCAGCCAUAGCUUCUACUGCGGCUAAAAAGAGACUAAAAUUAAAGACAGUGCUAGCUAGCUAUUUUAGCAUGAAAUGGUCCUCCAGCAGCGAUGCUUUCAGCAGAGGAGUAAAUAAAUCACACCAUGCUGCCUGACAAAGAUGGUCCAGGUGUUGGAGGUGGAAAGAGCUUUCCUGAGGGAGAGGACCCCUCUGUGAGUCUGUUCAGAGAGUACCUCCGUCUCAAAACUGUCCACCCAGACCCUGACUAUGAUGCUGCUCUUCAGUUCCUGGACAGAAUAGCAGAGGAGCUUGGGCUACCCAUGAAAAAGAUUGAGGUUUGUUCAGGCAGAGUUGUGUCGAUCAUGACAUGGGAAGGGACGGACCCGACCUUGAAAUCCAUCUUACUGAAUUCCCACACAGAUGUUGUACCCGUUUUCCAGGAACAUUGGAAAUACGAUGCUUUCAGUGCUUUCAAAGAUGCAGAGGGCAACAUUUAUGCCCGGGGAUCACAGGACAUGAAAUGUGUAACUAUACAGUACAUCCAGGCAAUCAGAAGACUGAAGGCAGAGGGACUAAAACUGAUGCGCACUGUGCACUUAAUGUUUGUUCCUGAUGAAGAAGUUGGAGGUCACAAAGGAAUGGAAACAUUUGUGAAACAUCCAGAGUUCCAAAAAUUAAACAUUGGGUUUGCACUUGAUGAAGGUCUGGCCAACCCUGGCGAGGCCUUUACUGUGUUUUAUGGAGAGAGGAACCCCUGGUGGAUUACAGUCCACUGCCCAGGUAGUCCGGGUCAUGGGUCUAGGUUUGUGGAGAACACAGCUGCUGAGAAGCUGCGCCAAGUCAUAAACUCCUUCCUGGACUUCAGAGAGAAGGAGAAACAUAGGCUAAAUGCCAGUGAGUGUUUCACGCUCGGUGAUGUCACCACAGUGAAUAUGACCAUGGUCAAAGGAGGCAUGUCUUACAACGUGAUCCCAGCUGAAAUGGAUGUCAGCUUUGACCUAAGAAUACCACCUACAGUAAAUCUACAGGAUUUUGAAAGACAGAUCAAAGAGUGGUGUAAAGAAGCAGGAGAAGAUGUCACUUACGAAUUUGCUCAGAAACAUAUGAACCAGAGUUUGACUUCGACAGAGGAGAAUGAUCCUUGGUGGAGCGCCUUCAGUGCAGCCUGCAAGGCAAUGAAUAUAACUCUGGAAAAGGAGAUAUUUCCAGCUGCCACAGAUAGCCGUUUUAUCCGAGCUGUGGGUAUCCCUGCUAUCGGCUUUUCCCCAAUGAACAGGACGCCAAUACUGCUGCACGAUCACAACGAGUAUCUGAAUGAGCAAGUCUUCUUGAAAGGCAUCACCCUGUUUGAGAGGCUCAUCUCAGCUCUUGCCAGCGUUCCUGCCUGUCCUGAUGAGGCUUAGACAAGUCAUCAUUCUUAAUCCUCUCUAACACUUAUUUCACUGAUGAUAUGAAUAUUUAACUUGAAGAAUUUGCAGAGAUGACCAAAGAAUAAUAACAUGUAUAUCAUAAGCCAAAACUGAGCACUUAGCCUUUGGUACUUUUUUUUU